UCAACAAUGAGGUUCAUGAAUUUACAGUUUUUGAUCGAUCACAUCCAAAAUCUGAUAAUAUAUAUCAGGUGAUUAAUGGAUUGCGUCAUGAACUUAAACAAGUUGAGUGCUUUUCAAACAUGUGUUAAUAGAGUUUGGGGUAGCUAUAGAAUUGUAGAAGAUCUCUACUUAGAGAUGUGACGUGAUCUUGAAAUGUGACAAGUAAGUAAAGACUAAUUUGUAAGAGGUUCUAAUGGAGGGGCAUGGUCAAGCUGACAUACAUGACUGCACAAUUAAACUGAGAGUAAAUCCUCAAAAACAGAGAGACAAGGUGUGCAUUGGCUGCGGUGCUGGAUUUGGAGGCGAUAGGCCAACUGCGGCUCUUAAAUUGCUUCAGAGGGUCAAAAAUCUAAACUAUCUUGUACUUGAAUGCCUAGCAGAACGCACUCUGGCAGAUCACUAUCAAGUUAUGUUGUCUGGUGGUGAUGGUUACGAUCCAAGGAUUGCAGAUUGGAUGAAAUUGCUUCUUCCCUUGGCUAUGAAGAGAAAUAUUUGCAUAAUUACCAACAUGGGUGCAAUGGACCCCCCUGCGGCUCAGCAAAAUGUUAUAGAAGUAGCAGGCAGUCUGGGGCUGAAUGUUUCAGUUGCAGUUGCUUAUGAGGGUUCGGUAAAAGAGUCAGGAAUUAGCACGUAUAUGGGAGGAGCACCUAUUGUUGAGUGUCUGGAAAAGUACCAUCCAAAUGUCAUAAUUACUUCACGUGUUGCAGAUGCUGCCCUAUUUUUGGCUCCAAUGGUCUAUGAACUUGGUUGGAACUGGGAUGAUUUUCCAUUGCUAGCUCAGGGAAUACUGGCUGGUCAUCUUCUGGAAUGUGGCUGUCAACUUACAGGGGGAUACUUUAUGCAUCCAGGAGACAAAUAUAGGAGCAUGUCUUUCCAACAGCUUCUGAAUAUAUCACUCCCUUAUGCGGAAGUUGAAUGUGAUGGAAAGUUAACUGUAGCCAAGCCAGAAGAGAGUGGAGGUCUUUUGAAUUUCAGUACAUGUGCCGAACAACUUCUAUAUGAGAUUGGCAAUCCAUCAGCUUAUAUCACCCCUGAUUUGGUGGUUGACUUCAGCAACGUUUCGUUUUGCUCUAUAUCCAGCUCUAGGGUUUUAUGUUCCGGAGCAAAACCGUCUAUUCAAGGGGUGCCUGAGAAACUCUUGCAGUUGGCUCCAAAGGACUGUGGAUGGAAAGGAUGGGGAGAGAUUUCCUAUGGGGGACGUGAAUGUGUUCUGCGUGCUAAAGCUGCAGAAUAUCUGGUUCGGUCAUGGAUGGAAGAACUGUUGAUUGGUAUUAAUCGGCAUAUAGUUUCUUACACAAUUGGACUUGACAGCCUUAAAGCAUCCAGCAAUGGUAGCAAUUGUGUUGAAGAUAUUAGGUUGCGCAUGGAUGGACUCUUUGAGCAGAAGGAGCACGCUCUCCUAUUUGUUAAAGAAUUUACAGCUUUAUACACAAAUGGUCCAGCUGGUGGUGGCGGCAUCAGCACUGGCUACAAGAAAGAAAUUGUGCUUGAAAAACAACUGGUUGGGCGUGAAAAUAUUUUCUGGCAAACAGAAGUGACAUGCACUGAAGCAGUAAAAUUAGACAGCCAAUCAACAGAUCUUCAAAAGGAUCCAGCAGAGGCAUGUUCUUCGCCUCGAGUAACGUUGCCAUGUCCGAUAUCUGAUCAUGCAGACGAACUUUGCACAGGCUCCUUACCACCUGAAAUGGGUCAUUCUCCUAUUCCAUCUGGCCAGGAGAUUGCUCUUUACAAUGUAGCCCAUAGCAGAGCUGGAGACAAAGGGAAUGACUUGAACUUCUCUCUCAUUCCUCAUUGUCCUUCUGAUAUUGAGCGAUUGAAGAUGAUCAUCACGCCUGAAUGGGUUAUGAGAGUUCUCUCGGUUCUGCAUAAUUCGACUCGGUUUCAUUCUUCGAAUGCUGAUGAGAAGAGAAACGAGUGGGUAAGUGAAGAUGUGAAGGUUGAAAUAUACGAAGUUAAAGGUAUUCAUUCUUUGAAUGUUGUUGUUCGUAACAUUCUUGAUGGUGGCGUAAAUUGCUCGCGGAGAAUCGAUCGCCAUGGAAAGACCAUAUCGGAUCUCAUCUUAAACCAGCUAAUUGUUUUGCCACCUGAACAAUAAAGUAUCUUGCCUUCUGCCAUUGGAUUACUCUAUCUUUUCUUAAUGCUAACGAAGCUAGUUGAUUUAGGCUCGUUUCGGUCGUUACUAUAAAAGCUUUAAAAUCCAAACUUUGUUUUCUAAUGUCUUAAUCCUUUGUGACCAAGUGUGGAUUAUCCUUAAAUAAUACUAUUUGUUCUUACAAGUUACAUUUGCCUUUGCUCUAAA